AUGGCGAAGCUAUAUGGUAUCUCCGAUUUGCACGUUGCAUAUCCUCUUAAUGCUUCCCAGUGGGAUCUUUUGCAGCCUAAGCCGCCUGGCUCAGGCUUGAUCCUUGCGGGUGAUAUUGGCGAAUCAGCCACGCAUUUGAUCAAUGUGUUUGAACGCGCCAAAGCUUGUUUCACACACGUGUUCUGGGUCCCGGGAAACCAUGAGCUCUACUCCGUCUCUCCCUCCGUGGCUAAGCACCCUGCUGACAAUCUUCGAGGAGAGGCAAAGUACAACGCCUUGGUAGAGCUAGCCCGGCAGUACGGAGUCCUUACUCCCGAGGAUGAUUGGAUGCUCUGGCGGAGAUCGGAUGGAGUCAACGUCGUGAUUGCACUUAUAUUUACGCUAUACGACUAUUCUUUCCGGCCAGAUGAUGUCUCUCGAGAAGGCGCACUGGAUUGGGCAAUGGAAGACAACGUUUGGGCUACGGAUGAAGCGUUAUUGCAUCCAGACCCGUAUGAGUCACGGGACGAAUGGUGUACAGCACUAUGCGAGAGAUGGGAGCAAAAAUUCUCCGAAUAUUCAGCACGGUAUCCAAAUACCAAAUUUGUGAUUGUGAAUCACUGGCCAUUGCGAGAGGACUUGGUAUACAUCCCGAAGAUUCCACGAUUCUCCCUGUGGUGCGGGACUAAAAGGACUCAAGACUGGGCGGAACCUGGGCGUUUCGGUGCUGACUACGGAGGAGCGCAAGUGGUCGUAUCAGGACAUCUGCAUGUUAGACGUACUGAUGUAAAGGAAGGCGUGAGGUAUGAAGAGGUCAGCUUGGGAUAUCCCAGGCACUGGGAAAUGGCACGGGAUGAAAGGAAGGGGGUGAAUGAGAUGCUGAGGGAAAUACUACCAGGGAACGAAUCAGUGACGGAAGGGCAAAGGGUAUGGCGGCCACGAGGUUAA